GGCUUUCGUCGCAGAGGAAAAGAAAGACACGACGUAUAACCAACUUCUUCUUAUCUGACUUAAAUUACAGCAUCAAAUGGAGACGAGAACGAACAAUUCACUAGAACAGGUGUACCUAAACAACAUCAGUGAGGAUUCAAUAUCACUUGAAAUGGAUUUAGAGGCCGCACUGAAGGAAUGCUCCACUGCCCUCAACCUUUUUCUGAACAACAAAUUUUCUGAUGCUUUGGCUCUCUUAAAACCCUGGAAGAAUCAGAGCAUGUACCACGCAAUGGGCUACAGCAGCAUCUUGGUGAUGCAGGCAGGCAUGACCUUUGAACCAAAGGACAUGGAUGCUGCCAUGGCGUCACUGGGUGAAUCCCUGCAGACGUGCCAAAAAUUUCGUAAGAAAACUGGAAUAGUGGAGACUUUAACCAGCCUGUGGACGAGGCAACCAGCUGACAACCUGACAGAAGAGGAGAUGCAUGCAGAGCUGUGCUAUGCGGAAAUUCUGCUGCAGAAAGCAGCUCUAACAUUCCUGGAUGAGACUAUAAUCGGCUUCAUCAAAGGAGGAAUGAGAAUCCGAAACAGUUAUCAGAUUUUCAAGGAUUGCCAGGCAUUGGUCAAUGUCACAAAAGACAUUAAAAAUCAGAAGAGCACGUACAUACAUUUUAAGGGCGGUGUCAACAUGGGCAUUGGAUCAUUUAAUCUGAUGUUGUCUCUGCUCCCAUCCAGAGUCAUUAGACUGAUGGAGUUUUUGGGCUUCUCAGGAGACCAGGAAUUGGGUUUGUCGGAGUUGAGGGAGGGAGCAGCCGGCGACAGCCUGCGCUCCAUCCUCAGCACCUUGACGCUGCUGAUGUUUCAUCUCUACAUUACUGUUAUUCUGGGUACUGGUGAAGGAAACCUUAUUGAGGCUGAAGCUCUGCUGGAACCCUACAUCCAAAAGUUCCCCAAUGGAGCACUCAUUCUCUUCUACAUUGCAAGAAUUGCUUUGCUCAAAGGAAACUUCACUUUUGCCCAGGAAAAGUUCCUAGCUUGUAUUGCAGCACAGGAAGAGUGGCGUCAGAUUCACCACCUGUGUUACUGGGAGCUGAUGUGGGCUUACUCAUUCGAACAAAAGUGGAGGGAAGCGUACCGAUAUGCUGACCUGCUCUGCAAAGAGAGCAAGUGGUCCCAGGCCACCUACACAUUCCAGAAAGCUGCCAUCUUGAGCAUGCUACCAGAGGAGGAAGUGGCUGAACUGGGAGAAAAUGUGGGAAAGACAUUCAGGCAGGUGGAGGGUCUCAGAAUAAGGAUUGCUGGGAAGUCUAUCCCAACGGAGAAGUUUGCAGCAAACAAGGCAAAGCGCUACUCUUCUUCUACCCCUGUGCAACUAGUGGUGCCUGCUUUGGAAAUGAUGUACGUGUGGAAUGGUUUCACAGUGGUUGGCAAAAGACCAGAGUUGACUAAAAGCAUCUUGACCACCUUGGAGAAAGCAGAGGAGCAACUCAGCGACGAUCCAAAUCCAUCCGCGUAUCACCUGGAUGACCAGUGUGUUGUUCAGCUGCUGAAAGGCCUGUGUCUAAGACAGCUGGGGCAUCUGGUCCAGGCUGAGCUCUGCUUCAAUCAUGUCAUUUCCAGUGAAAAUGAUAUCAAGCACGACAACUACCUGGUGCCAUUUACCAUUUAUGAGCUCGGCCUGUUGCACAAGCAGAAAGGUGACAUCAACACAGCCAUCAAAAUGAUGGAAAAUGUCAAGAUGAACUACAAAAACUACAACAUGGAAUCGAGGCUGCACUUCCGUAUCCACGCAGCACUCAACACCAUGGGCUCUUUUUCAGCCAAACUUCCCCCUUCACGCACGCCAGCUUAA